CCCGGAUUGUAUCAACUCUAAUACAGAAAUGAAAGAAACCCCGUUAUUUUUUGCUGUGAAGAAUGGCUAUAAGGACUGUGUUGAAGUUCUAUUACACUGGGGAGCAAGCACUGGAGUCUUUAAUUUGCGUAAACAGAGACCUGUAGACUUGGCUGAGUCACAAGACAUGCGUUUCAUGCUAAACAAUGCUGAUGUUAACCUCACAGUAAAUCGUCCCAUUCAGCAGAAAUAUACAGCAUGGUUACAAGGAGGUGAUGCAAUUCAAGGGACCUGCAAAGAACUCUUUACCUUGACAGAUGAAAGGAAUCCUACUAAUAGGACUUGCUCGAGUACAAACAAAGAGAUCUGUAAAUACUUCCAUUCUCCUCGUGGAUGUGUUAGAGGCACCAAGUGUUUCUAUGCACAUUCUGAAGAAGAGCGACAGCAGGUGAAGCAGGGAAAAUACAUGAUUCAUUCACCUGCUGCAGGGCAACUAGAACGGAAAAUUUUUGUUGAAGGCCUCCCAGCUUCUGUAGAUUCUGACUCUCUAAAAAAAAAUCUUGAAGAGAAAUUUGGUUCGGUGGACAAUGCUGCAGUACUUGGAGUUCAAACAGCAGACAAGAUGCAGUCUCGUGGAUUUGGCUUCGUCACCUUCAAAGAUAAGAAAUCUGUUUCUGCAGCUGUUGAGGCACACCAUGUUAUUAUUAUGGGAAAGCAGGUUGAGAUCAAAAGUGCUGUUCCAAAAUUCCUUCUACUAGCUGAGUUCCAGAAAUCAACCCAACAACGUGAAAGAAAUCAGAUUGACGAGAAACUUCCACAAGCACAAACGCCCAAAGAGAGAACUGAGACGGAAAAGGCCAAAACUGACGUGCUUAAUAGACAGACAUCAAGUGAGAAGACAGAAAAAGUGAUCCUUAGUUGUAAUUCCACAGAAGAGAUAAAAUCUGAGCCAAGGACUUGGGCUGAUACUUUAAUCCAUGGUCAAACAAAAGCAUGUUCUAGUGAAUCUCAAACACAUGAAAGAUGCAUGCCUAAGUGGUUCAGAACAUUAAGAAGGUGGCUCCCUAGCUUCUUGCAACAAGCAUCAAAGAGGGGAGGACAAUAUGCUCUAUCGUCGGUGAAAGCUGAUUUCAGGGCCCUUUUUGGCCUAGAAUUAGACCAUGCCUCUCUCGGUUUCCCAAAGCUUAGUGACUUCAUGAAAUCUAUCCCUGAACUUUGUCACGUUACGUAUCACACUCCAGCCAAUCAUAUGAUACUUCUGCCUAGCCUUCCCAUUCCUUGUCAGCAGCCACUUCAAGAUGUUACGAUUGACAGUCCAUCUUCACAUUCUACAUCAAUUGGUGAUAGCGGUAAUGGAAAUUCUGAUGGUUCCAUUUGCUCUCAGGAACCUCUUCUUGUGUCCAUUGAGAAUGAUGACUUAAAUGAUAGCAGCACUAGGGUGUCCCUUCAGAUCACUGAUGAUAAUCCUGCAGAUAAAUUGCCCUGUGUGAACUCGAGGUUUCUUCAAUUCUUGAAACCAGACCCAAUCUUUCAUGCUCGACCGUGGGUAAAUAGUGACUCUGAUGGAGACAAAGAGAGUACUGUUGGUGAAAGAGGAUCAGGAAAUGGGUUUCAAGAGAUGAAGCCCUGGCCUCAAGGAAGGCAUUUGGUUUUAGAGGCCCUUGCCAGAAAAAAGAAUAGCUCAUCUGUUUACUUUCUUCGUGAAUUUGAUUUCUAUGAUGAAUACAAGGCAUGCAUCGCACAAGGAAGGUGCCUGGGGUGCAACGAGCGUCGGAUGUUGUGGGCCAACUUCCCAUGCUUGCACUUGGUGUGGUGUGCUGAUUGUAAACUACAAGCCAUGAUGGCAGCUCGCCUUGGUGAACACAAAUGUGUGGUGUGUGAUAUCAAAGUGCAGGCAAUAGAUUUGAUAUCCUGGCAUGAAUACUGUCAGCCCAUUCUUGACACAGCUUGCAUCAAGGAGUUCCCCCCAUUUGAUCCGGAUUACAUGCUAAAGAAGAAGCCUAUAUUUGAAUAGAAGAGAGAGCUGCAGUACAUGUGAAGGCCUUAACAGACCAGCAGUCCGCGACUUGCAGCACUUGGGAAAAGGUUUAUGGGAGGGAGCGGUUCUUCUGAGCGAAAAAAGAAAGAAAAAAAAAACCUAGAUAUACAAGACUAUCAUACUCAUGUAAUGAAAAAACCUAGUAUAUACAUAGGCUUGCCUCCGGCAAAAUUUCAACUCUUUUCACCAUUUUGUUGAUUCCCUCUUUUUAUCUUUCGGUCGAGAGGGAAUCUAUAUAUAGAUUUCAGAGUGUAUAGUUCCCAAAUACAAGCAUGUAUACAUGCCUUUGCCAUCCAAUCGACAACAUUAAUUGAUUGA